ACUGCUUCCUUAGUGAUUGUUUUCAUCAUGGCCGUCUCUGUUUAGUAGAAUGUAGUUUCGUUUACAUCGGUCUGCUCUGCUCCUUACAAGAGGCAGAGAUUUCUUUAUAUUAUCCUUCAAUUUUUGUGAGUGAGCUCGGAUAUCAUCAUGGCUGUUGUACAAACGGUUGGACAGUCCAAGAGGCUUCAGAGUAGCCUUGAGCCCGACAAAGCCAGAAUACCUUUGGUUACACACAUCAUUACUGACGAUGAUUUGGGCAUAGUUGAGGGGUCAAAGUUACAGCAAGUCAACCUGAAAAGGGUUAUAAAGCUGCUGACAGAUCCACACUCAAUGAUGUUAUAUGAAAGACAUGUUCAUGCACUGACAAGGAUGGCACGUCAUUACAACAAAGGCUUCCCAAUGAAAGACCUAGUGAUGGUCUUCAAGAUCUUGAAUGUCUGUGCUGAUCGUGUUGAUUCAAACCCCAUCUAUGAACAGCCAAUCAUAGAAAUCCUGAAGCUCUGCAGUUUUCCAUUUCUGAUGGAAAAAUCAUCCGAUGAACUUGUGUAUGAGCAAAUUGUUGUUGAAUCAAUUUCACAACUAGGCUAUCUGAUGAGAAUUCCAAGUUCUGAUGUGAGAAAACAAAUAUGUGACACUUUGUUGUUGUUCACAUCAAUGAAGCCAACACAAGAUGUUCAAAAUUUCAAGCCUGCAGAUUUGGCAUUCAACAGAAAAAUGAUUGAAUUCAGUGACAUCUCAGAGACCUUGGUCAAGUCAUUGGCCCUGCUGGAAACAGAUUUGCCUGCGAAACUGAAAGUGCUUGAAAUCCUUCAGAUUUUCUCCAAAAAUUCUGUGAAGAACUGUGACCAGAUGCUCUUUGUUGAUGGUGGAAGACGAAUCUGUUCUCGUCUGAUGGACCCAGACUCUAGUGGACAGCUUUUAUUUCGAUCAGUGGAAACUCUGUGGAACCUAAUGGAGAACGGGGACAAAGCAGUACUGGCUAAACAGCUCAACAACCUGACCUGCAUCAGUCAACUCCGAGACGCCUUUGUCUAUCAGCUGACACAAGGGUACAGCCACUAUGACCGACAACUGAGGAAUGACCUCCUUGUUAUUGCUACUUUGGUGGCCUCCCAGUGCCCAGAAGCCCCCUUUGUGGAGACUGGAUUUGCAAAACAACUUACCCUGUUUGCCACUUUUCAGGAAGUCAAGUCUCACAAUGCCCUGGUCCGCCACUUGAAACUCCUGACAAAUCAUGAGGACUUUGAACUUCGGAAGUUGCUCUUCAACAUAUUGGUGGUUUUGAGCAAAGACAGCACAGUUGUCUCAAUUCUGUCCGAUGGCCAUCUCCUCUUGGCCCUGUUUUCCUUUGUGCAUGCAAAUGACAAAAAGACCGGGCCCCGGGAAUGGAACCCCGCCCAGUUUGAAGAACUGCAGCUUCAGGCUAUGGCCUGCUUGUGCACCUUGUGCCCACUUCUGCUGGAGGACUACAUGACGUGUCAGGGCUCCACUCGCCUCCUGCUGUUGCUGGAGUGGUGUGUUGGUCCAGAUGAAUUCUGCGGACAAGGAAACAGCUUCCAUGGUACUGGUGGUCGGGGAAACAAGAAGGCCCAAAUGAGACAUUGCUUGCGUCUGAUGAGGAGUGUUGUGUCCACGGAGGAUGAGGUUGUCCUGCAGGAUCUGGCCGACCAAGGAGCCAUCAAUCAACUCAUUGCUCUGUGCACAAAGUGGGUUCUGAAUACAGCCUUCACCCAGAGAACAGAUGAAAAUGAUGUUGUGGAGAUUGAGAUGCAGUCUGACAUUCUCUUCAUUCUGUCCUGUUUGUGUGAUGGGGACAUGCACCGCAAGGAACUCUUUGGUGUCCAAGGUGUUGAUAUGGUUGUUCGUUACCUUCGCACCGAUACACGGCUCCUCAACAGUGGACUGGGUCACCACAAACUUCUCCUGGCUUCUAUUGACUGCACUUGGUGUGCGAUUGUUGGUUGCUUUGUCACAGAAGACUACUUCCUAGAGAAGGAAGGAGUUUUCCUGCUCUUUGACCUGCUGGAGGUCUGUCCCAAGAACAUGCAUAAUGUGAUUCUGGGCUGCUUGCUGGAUCUGUGCGAGAACCCAAAGACAGUGAACCAUGUGUUGACGUGGCGUGGGAAGGACGGAUGCACUGCGUCUCACCUUCUGUGUCAGAUCUGGCGACUGGAAGAGAGUGAGAUCGGUGUGAGAAGAGAUACUCAAGGGGCUAUUACAGAUGUGCACCAUCCUUUGAUGGGUCACAUUCAAGUUGAGAUGGGCACUGUUGCCAUGCCAGCCUCAUGUGUCAGCCAGGCCAUUGCUGAUGUUGGAGAAAACAUGAGGGCCAAAGUGUACUCCCUCUUCUGUAAAAUGGGAUUCACUGACCUGCCUGGACUAACAGUGGAGGACCACGUCACUCUAACAAUCAUAGAGAAAUAUCUGGACUUCAAGAUGGGAGAGGUCUGGACGGAAACAAUUGGGGAGUUGCAAGCGGAGCAGGUCCGUCCAGUGACACCUGAUCAAGAGGCUAUUGAGGCCAUCACUCGCGCCAUUGAAGAACGUGCUCAGAUUGUGGUCACCACGCAGAGUGAACUGCUAGAAGCUCAGAAGAACCAGGAUAUUCUUGACGAGCAAGAAUUCUAUGCAGACAUAAGAGAGAACCACCGCCAGAAAGAAAAAGCCAUUGCAGAUUUCAAUGAUUAUGUGUCAAGGACUUCCAACUUUGCCCUCCUCAAGGCCGCAAAGGAGAGACAAGAGAUUUCAAUUGAUGCGUCAAGAAUGCAACCAAAAUACAAAGAACAGGAGCAUUUCCACAAUGUUGACCUUCCCAACUUGACAACUACAGUCUUCAGUGGAAAGCAUGUGACUGUCAUGAACAUUCCAAAACACAGCAACGACGAUGAUAUAGAGUCCAAGUUUGAGCCAGUCCUAGAACCCAUGAUGGAGAGAAGAAUUUUCAAGCACCUUACUAUGUAGUGAACUCAAGAGUGUGCACUGUUGAAAAUGGAUCAAAUGACAUUUCAAAACAAAAAAACCUGUUUGUUUUUUACAGUGAUAGUUUGGUCUAGCAUAGGUAUGUUGCAGUCUAACACUUGAUCAAAUAUUGUCGUCUGUUCAGGUUUUUAGCUUGUAUUUAAUUUUUUUUUUCAUUGUACAUGCUUGAAAAAAGAGUUAUGUUUUGUACUGUG